UGGCGUCGUCUGAUUUGUUAUUCCCGAUCUUCAGAGUACCUUGGCGCAUGUUCUACUUGCACACCAAAGACUCGAUCGUUUCUUGUCGGUGGUCAGCUUGGUCAGGCCUUGUGUAAGCUUCUCCCUUUCUUUGGAGAAGUUUCCUUUCUCGUUUCGAUUCAGAAUCUGAUUCUGAUCGCAGUGGAUCGAUUUGGAGCAGUGGUAUUUCCACUCCGUUCACCACUCAUCAGAUCCAAACUGUGUCCCUUCUUCAUUCUCGCUACAUGGAUAGUUGCCGUAGCGGUCAAUUCGCCAUACUUGUUCACUGCCGAGCUCGUUGAAUACCCAGAGGGAACCUCGUGUGCUAUUGAAUGGGAGAAAGUAUUCGGAGAGUCAUCAUCCUUUGCCAGUUUCGUACUAGCUUCCUACAGUCCGUUUAUAUUCAUACCUGUGUUGUUGCUAGUCAUUCUUUACUCCAUCAUUGUUAUCAAGCUCAAGACACAGGCGCACCCAGGUGAACAGUCCGCCAACAGUCAGCAACAGCGGAACAGAACAAACAGAAACGUGCUUCAAAUGUCCAUUGCUACCGUAACAGUGUUUGUGUGUUGCUGGUUACCUUACGGUAUCAACAUUUUAAUCAUACAGUAUCAGGACACUUUCACGCAUUUAUCGUGUAGUUUCUGGAAAUACUUUGAAGUCACCUUUUAUAUGACUACCGCGUACUGUGCUAUCAACCCAGUUAUCUGUUUCAUGUUUAGCAGUAAAUAUAAUUACCGAAAAGCUCUUAAAAGACUCAUAAAAUGUUCUUUUGCACAGGCGUAG